AUGGUUUCCCAGGGCUCCUCACCCUCCCUCCUGGAGGCCCUGAGCAGCGACUUCCUGGCCUGUAAAAUCUGCCUGGAACAACUGCGGGUGCCCAAAACGCUGCCCUGCCUGCACACCUACUGCCAGGACUGCCUGGCACAGCUGGCCGAGGGCGGCCACCUCCGAUGCCCCGAGUGCCGUGAGUCUGUGCCCGUGCCGCCCGCGGGCGUGGCCGCCUUCAAGACCAACUUCUUUGUCAACGGACUCCUGGAUUUGGUGAAGGCCCGGGCCGGCGGCGACCUGCGGGCAGGGAAGCCGGCCUGUGCCCUGUGCCCCCUGAUGGGGGGCGCCAGCGCCGGGGGGCCAGCCACUGCCCGCUGCCUGGACUGUGCCGACGACCUGUGCCAGGCCUGUGCCGACGGGCACCGGUGCACCCGGCAGACCCACAGCCACCGGGUGGUGGACCUGGUGGGUUACAGGGCGGGGUGGUACGACGAGGAGGCCCGGGAGCGCCAGGCGGCCCAGUGCCCCCAGCACCCCGGGGAGGCCCUGCGCUUCCUGUGCCAGCCGUGUUCCCAGCUGCUGUGCCGAGAGUGUCGCCUGGACCCUCACCUGGACCACCCCUGCCUGCCCCUGGCUGAGGCUGUGCGCGCCCGGAGGCCAGGCCUCGAGGAGCUGCUGGCUGGCGUGGACAGCAACCUGGCCGAGCUGGAGGCCACCCGGCUGGCCGAAAAGGAAGCCUUGGCCCGGCUGCGGGAGCAGGCGGCCAAGGUAGUCAUGCAGGUGGAGGAGGCGGCCGAGGGGGUCCUCAGGGCCCUCCUGGCCCAGAAGCAGGAGGUGCUUGGGCAGCUGCGGGCCCACGUAGAGGCUGCCGAGGAGGCUGCUCGGGAGCGGCUGGGGGAGCUGGAGGGCCGGGAGCAGGUGGCCAGGGAGGCGGCUGCGUUUGCCCGUCGGGUGCUCAGCCUGGGGCGCGAGGCUGAGAUCCUCUCUCUGGAGGGGGCGAUCGCCCAGCGGCUCCGGCAGCUGCAGGGCUGUCCCUGGGUGCCUGGGCCCGCUCCCUGCCAGCUGCCCCAGCUGGAACUGCAUCCCGGGCUCCUGGACAAGAACUGCCACCUGCUGAGGCUCUCCUUUGAGGAGCAGCAGCUGCUGAAGGACAGCAGGAAGGAUGGAGCCCGAAGCCCGGGAGGUGACGCAGCCCAGCCCCAGAGCAGGGAUGGAGUGCAGACCCCAAAUCAGGACAGAGCGCAGACACCCCAAGAAGAUGAAGCCCAGCCCCUCAAGGCGGAGAGAGCUGAGACGCCCCAGGAAGAUGGAGCCAAGACCCCCAAAGAGGGCAGACCCCAGACACCCCAAGAAGAUGGAGGAACCCAGGCCGCAAGGGGCGGCAGAUCCAACAAGAAGAGGAAGUUCAAAGGCAGACUCAAGUCCGUCUCCCGGGAGCCCAGCCCCGCCCCCGGGCCAAACCUGGAGGGCUCCGGCCUCCUGCCCAGGCCCAUCUUUUUCUGCAGCUUCCCCACGCGGAUGCCGGGGGACAAGCGCGCCCCCCGGAUCACUGGGCUCUGUCCCUUUGGCUCCCGGGAGAUCCUGGUGGCCGAUGAGCAGAACAGGGCCCUGAAGCGCUUCUCUCUCAAUGGCGACUACAGGGGCGCGGUGCCCGUGCCCGAGGGCUGCUCCCCAUGCAGCGUGGCCGCCCUGCAGGACGCCGUGGCCUUCUCAGCGGCCGCGCGGCUCUAUCUCAUCAACCACAACGGCGAGGUGCAGUGGCGCCGGGCGCUGAGCCUCUGCCAGGCCAGCCACGCCGUGGCCGCCAUGCCGAGCGGGGACCGGGUAGCGGUCAGCGUGUCCGGCCACGUGGAGGUGUACAACAUGGAAGGCAGCCUGGCCACACGGUUCAUCCCUGGGGGCAAGGCCAACCGGGGCCUGCGGGCGCUGGUGUUCCUGACCACCAGCCCCCAGGGCCAUUUUGUAGGGUCUGAUUGGCAGCAGAAUAGCUUGGUGGUCUGUGAUGGGCUGGGUCAGGUGGUUGGGGAGUACCGGGGACCUGGCCUGCACGGCUGCCAGCCGGGCUCCGUAUCCGUGGAUAAGAAAGGCUACAUCUUUCUGACCCUUCGCGAGGUCAACAAGGUAGUGAUCCUCGAUCCGAAGGGCGCGCUGCUUGGCGACUUCCUGACGGCCUAUCACGGCCUGGAAAAGCCCCGGGUGACCACCAUGGUGGACGGCAGGUACCUGGUCGUGUCCCUCAGUAACGGGACCAUCCAUGUCUUUCGGGUCCGCCCUCUUGACAGUUAA